AUGUAUUAAUACUAUUCAUAAAGAAGCUCUAUUUAAGAAAAUGAUCGCAAUAGAUCUUUUGGGAACAUGUUCAAUUCCACUAAAUCCGAUACUCUUUAGACUGAUCAAAGACACUCAGGAUGCUUAGAACGAAUACAAAUUCUAGUCUAAGAAUUGGAUCGAAUGGCAGAUGCUUAAAGAGUGGCCAAUUAAGAAAUAUCACAAUUAAAACAGGAACUGGAACAAGCUAAAAAAAGUAAUUCGACUCUGGUUUUGAAUAAUGGUUUUGAUUCUGAGAUUCUCGCAGAAUUGAAGCUAUAACAAUAAAAAUUUAAUCAAUACAAACAAGUUAAGGAGUAAUAAAUUGAAGAAUUAGAAAAUGAACUACUUAAAGUCCAUAAACAAUAUAAGGAAGAGAAAUUAAUAAGAAUGGACUUGAAUUAGAAGUAUGAAUAGAAAUAAAUGGACGUUGAAUAUUUACAGAAAGAACUUAACAAAUAUACUUAAGAACAAUAGGAUUCGAAUGACAGUGGCAUCCUUAAUUAAUUACAUGAAGAUGUGAUUGAAUUACAAUCAGAGAAUAAAGAACUUAGAAACAGUAACUAGAGUUACCAAUAAAAAAUUGAAGAACUUUUAGAAAAUUAAAGAAUUUUGGAAUAAAAACUGAAAUAGUAAUCAAAAGAAGUAUCAUUCUAACCAUCUCCCAUUAAAAAUUAAAAUUAAUACUCCACAACCGAAUAAAGAACAGAUCCAAUACAAAAGUAUAAUAGAACUAAAACUAUGCAGCCUAUGUAAUACUCAAACGAUCAAAAUUCUAAUCAAUAAGCUAAUUCAAGUUCAUCAUUCAAUAAUCUUUAAUAAAGAUUGUCUUUGGUUUAAAUAGGACAGAAAAAUAAUUCUGAAAACCUGACCAAUUAAUAAGAUACUAUCAGAAAAGAUUCAUUGAGGAGUCAACCAAAGCCUGUGUAAAACAUUAAAUACUCAACAAACAAGAUUGUUCAGUAAUUUUGA